AAGCGGUAGUGUGGAAGGCGGAGCUUGGCCUGUUCAGGUACGGUGGUUCCGGAGCCCAACGGAGACCCGUGACAGCUCUGGUGGACCGGGCCGCCCGGCUGUUGGCCUAUCAAAGAGAUUUCUAGAUAAAAUAAAACAGGGGAAGCGUGGUAGAUUCAAGGAUGAUGGAUCCGUGUUCAGUUGGAGUCCAGCUUCGUACCACACACGACUGCCAUAAAACCUUCUAUACUCGGCACACAGGUUUCAAGACAUUGAAAGAAUUGUCAUCAAAUGACAUGCUCUUACUUCAGCUUAGAACUGGAAUGACACUUUCUGGGAAUAAUACAAUUUGUCUCCAUCAUGUAAAAAUUUAUAUUGACAGAUUUGAAGAGUUACAGAAGUCGUGUUGUGACCCAUUUAACAUACACAAGAAGCUAGCCAAAAAGAAUCUGCAUGUAAUUGACUUAGAUGAUGCCACUUUUCUGAGCGCAAAGUUUGGAAGGCAGCUCGUACCUGGUUGGAAGCUUUGUCCAAAAUGUACCCAGAUCAUCAAUGGAAGUGUGGAUGUUGAUUCAGAUGAUCGCCAGAGACGGAAACCCGAAUCAGAUGGAAGGACUGCUAAGGCUCUGAGGUCACUUCAGUUUACAAACCCAGGAAAGCAAACUGAAUUUGCUCCAGAAAGUGGUAAAAGGGAGAAAAGGAAGCUCACCAAAAAUACAAGCGCUGGUUCCGACAGACAAAUUAUUCCAGCAAAGAGUAAGGUGUAUGACAGCCAGGGCCUGCUGAUUUUCAGCGGCAUGGACCUCUGCGACUGCCUGGACGAGGACUGCUUAGGAUGCUUCUACGCCUGUCCCACUUGUGGCUCUACCAAAUGUGGGGCUGAGUGCCGCUGCGACCGCAAGUGGCUGUAUGAGCAGAUAGAGAUUGAAGGAGGAGAGAUAAUCCAUAAUAAACAUGCUGGCAAAGCAUAUGGUCUGUUAUCUCCCUGUCACCCAUAUGAUAUUUUACAAAAAUGAUCACCCAAAUAUUGACCAGCAAAGACGAAAAUGCAGCAAAGAAAUGAACAGUGACAUUUCUGGAAAUUUGGAUCAGUCGUCAAUGGAAUUGUAGACAUCGCCGCUGGUCAUGGGAGUGUUGAUUACCAUUGCUGUUCUGGAGACAGAUGUGCCUCAGAGGAACCUGGUGAUGGAAACUUACCCACAUUGCUGAGAGAAGCAGCUGGGAUGAGCAAGACCGUCCUACACGAAGUUAUGGUAAAAGCGUAACGUUAAAGGCCAUUUAUUGUAAAUAGAUGUUUCUCAACAUUGGAAUGGUCAGAAAGGUUCCUGAUCAAUGUUACUAACAAAACAGUCAAACACUGUUUAGACUACUUUUAGGCAACACAAUAAAACUCCAAUUCUCGAUAUAUAAACUUUAAUUUUCUUAUCCAUUUAUAGCUACAAGUCUUUAAUGUUUUGAUGGAUAAUUAAAGGUCAUACAGCAGUCCUCUUUCCCCUUGAUUAUUAGCAUUUCUUUGGUGCAUGGCCUCACAGUGCUGUGCAAAUAGGCCCAGCCCUUAGCUGGGAGCAGGGCCUGUGACACAGAAAAUUGAUCUCCAUGCAACACAAUAGGUGGACAUUUUGAAAAUAAACUAGAUACCUAAGUGCUAAAAUACAGUUCAUCUAACUAGAUAUGAACACAAAUGUUCAUUACACCAUCUGCUUUUCAGUUCUUAAUCUGUGCAUUCUUGGUAAAAAUUUGUUCCUGAAGAAAAAUUUUUUCCUCUGUUUCCAUUUAAGACAUGAGUGUAUAGUACAUAAGUGGCUGCACACAUUUGUCUCAGUCACUCUUCUAUUGCUGUGAAGAGAUACCAUGACCAAGCAAGGCAACACUUAUAAGGAAGCAUUGUAUUGAGGGCUUGCUUACAGUUUCAAAGGCUUAGCCUAUUAGCAUCAUGGUGGGGAGCAUGGUAGCCUGCAGACAGAUGUUGUAUCAGUAUCUGAGACCUUUAUGUCCUUACCCAAAGGCAAGAGAGACUCAGCCUGGCAUGGCUUUUGAAACAAUGCUCAGCACCAGUGACACACUUUUCCAACAAGGCCACCCCUCCUAAUUCUUACCUAAUAGUACCACUCACUGGUAAAUACGAAUUCAAGUGUAUGAGCCUAUGGGGCCCUUAGUCAGAUCAUCACAGCAGGAUUUGUGGCUGUUGAGAUGGUGGAUAGAUGGGAGGAUUGAGACUUCUAAAUAUGUCCCUCAAGAGUGAUGAAAAAUGGAGAUGCUGGGACAUAUGGGAUAGAAACAAGGCUUCUGGGUACUGCUGAAGUCUUGCUGAGAACUCAGAAUAAAAACAUCUCCAGCACUUCUUACUCACUAAAGCCUCUUGUAGUCUCCAAGGUUCUGUUGUUCCUGAAUCUUUACAGCUUAAAAGACUUGGAAGCAUGGAAGCCAGUUGGAGUUUUCCAGCACAAUAACAUUUUUGUUUAGUUAUCUCUGUACUCACUUGCUUUUCUUUGAUAAGCUGCCAUUUCCAACUUGGAAUUAAAUGUGUUUUCAUUUAGAGUUUUUCUUUGACAAUGUAACCCAGGCUGGCCCUGGACCUCUGCAGCCUCUGUACCACAGCCUUUUUCAUACUGGGGUGACAUGCAUGUGUUUACCAUGCUGCUAAAAUUAAAAUUUGGGGCAUUGAUUUUUUCCUACAAUGAGAGUAUAUUUCUAAUGGGGAAAAGACUUUAUAUAAAAAAUGGCUACAGUUAAUCAUUCCUUAGACCAGAUCUGUUCUUUUUGUAAAGAGAAUAAUAAUGUUUCCAAGGGGAAGGUUCUCAACGGUUCUGCUGUUUGUUCUUUGUGUGUAUUUGGGAACCAAAAAUAUUGUAGAGUUUAUAGACAAAAGUAUAUCUGAUCUUGAGUAAACUAAUAAAGACUGUAUUUUAGAAAUAAACAAUGCAGGCUUACUGUUUAAUUUUUAAGUAUGUAUGUGUGUGAGAGAGAAAGAACUUAAAUUAAUAAAGACUUUUAAAAAUAAA